AUGAAGACAGUUGCAACGGCUCACAGUCAGCGGUCGCUCAAGUCCUUUGAGGAGGCUUUGCGCACCUAUAAGCACCAGCUCUCUGACGACCCAAUCAUCAGCCGCCACCUGGCAGCACUUUACGACUCCCUGCUGGAGCAAAAUCUGCUGAGGCUGAUUGAGCCGUAUUCAUGCGUGGAGAUCGCUCACAUCUCUUCCCUUAUUGGCCUGCCAUUGCAAAAGGUGGAGUCGAAGCUGUCCCAGAUGAUCCUGGACCGCAAGUUUGAGGGCACGUUGGAUCAGGGAGCAGGCAACCUGGUUGUGUUCCAGCCACAGGUGCCGGACGCACUGUACCCAGCAGCCAUAGACACCAUAGUGCACAUGAACCAGGUCGUUGACAGCCUCUUUGUGCGCUCCAAGCGCAUCAUGGCGUAG